GUUCGAUGGCGCCCUGAACGUUGAUCUGACGGAGUUCCAGACGAACCUGGUCCCGUAUCCUCGCAUCCACUUCCCCUUGGUGACCUAUGCUCCAGUUAUCUCCAGGGAGAAGGCUUACCAUGAACAAAUGUCCGUGGCUGAGAUCACGACAGCCUCGUUCCAACCUGAGAACCAGUUAGUGAAAUGCGAUCCCCGCAACGGAAAGUACAUGGCAUGUUGCCUGUUGUACCGCGGAGAUGUCGUUCCCAAGCAAGUGCAGUCUGCCAUCGCUACCAUCAAAACAAAACGCAACAUACAGUUUGUGGACUGGUGCCCUACUGGCUUCAAGAUCGGUAUCAACUAUCAGCCACCCACGGUUGUGCCGGAAGGCGACCUAGCGAAGGUGUCUCGCGCAGUGUGCAUGUUGAGCAACACCACCGCGAUCGCUGAGGCUUGGUCGAGACUUGACCGCAAGUUCGAUCUCAUGUAUCAGAAACGAGCUUUCGUUCACUGGUAC